GAGCAGGAGGUAAAGUGCAGACUGGGGAAGAUUAAAAACAUUUGUAUCCAUGGAACUAAUCUGCAGCAUGAGUCCUUGCAAGCCUCAGACAGAGAUAUUACCAGCAACGGGCGAGCAUCAAAAAUCAUCAUACAAAUGACAGAGAAGCUAACAGGUCUCUGCUGCCCAGUUGCCAGUUUUAAGUCCUCUGAUUUCCAAGGUUGGAUGGCGCUAUCGGCCCAGCACUACUUACACAUUACCCAGCAGAGUGGGCCCUCCAAUGAAUUCUUUUCCUGUCCAGAUGGAGAGAAGGCAAGUUUAUGGAAUAUCAAGGUAGAUGCAACCUGUGUUCUUUGUGUGCCACUGUUCUGUGAUGAAGACUCUCAGAAAAUGCUGCUUUUAGUAAAUCCGAAGAAGAAAGACAUGGUUCUCGCAGUGUAUUUGGAUGGCAAGUGGUGGGGAGUAGAUGACAUCUUGCAGACAUGCGUUCCAGUUCAAGAAGGUCUGAAGCAGGUGCAGACAUUUGGAGAAAGGAUUGUCCUCUUCAUCCUGAACUGCUUGGUGUGUGGGUUUGUGCAGGGAGGUGCCUCAGAGAACGGGGUCUGCUUCCUUCCACACACUGCAGGGGAGCUGGCUAAGAUCCUAUGGCAUCACGGAGAGGCUUUGGCAUUUUAUACAUACAAAAAGAAAGGCGGCCUGUGCAACCGGAGUCAGUGUUACAUGCUACCGGUGCUGGACACCAUCUAUGUGCGACAGAAAUGGCGGAGGCAAGGUUUUGGAAUCACAAUGUUGCAAGACUUCUGCCUGACUUUUUCACAGGAAGCUGCUUUGGGCAUCAGCUCCCCUAUUUCUCCUAAAAUGUACCAGGUCUGUGGCAGAUUUCUAGCAGAUAAUCCGAAAGAACGGGAUCGCCUGUGGGAAGUAGACCCUCCGGGUGACUGGAACCAACGCACUAAUAUUUGGUUACGGAUUCAGCUUGGAGAGACCCCAGUGGAGAGUCCUGUGGAGAAAUCACCAGAAUGCACAGAAACUGAGAUCUCCGUGGUAGAGGCACAAAUGAAGCAUCAUCCUGAUGAUGGAGUCUCUGUCUCUGCUGUGAGUAGCGUCACUCAGCCACUCAGCAGGAAGAGGAGAAGUGAUGGAGGACAAGUAGUACAGAAACAGAAGAGAAGGAGGGGAAAGAAGAUGAGGAAAAGACAAAUGGAGAAAGUAUAUGAUCCGCAGCAGAGUGAAGCUACGGAAAUGCUAAUGUUAGCAAUUGAAGCUGAAAGAAAAAGAGUCACCCACUGAAGCAAUCACAAACCCAUUUGCAACUGCGUAAACACACUCGCAGCCUACACGCAACAAUUGGGAGCAUCGAAUGCUCGAGUAGGUCUGUGGUUACCAAAAAAAAACAUGUUUUUAAAAAUUUUUAUUAGAUCACGACAGAAAAAUGAGGCGGAAUGAAAUUGACGAAAUGACUGUCGAAAAGCACUGUUGUCGAAUCGACAUUCUUCAAUUGAAUAUACUUUUGUUGAAAAGCCGCAUUUUUAACAUUGCAGACAUGUCGAAUUAAAAAAAUGUAGAAUUGCAAAAAGUCGAAAAUGAAACGGCAUUUUUUUUGUCGAAAAGUACUGUAUUGAAUUGUCGAAUCCAAUUCGACAGGUUUUUUGUGUCGAAAAUGACCCGUUUUUCAACAAUUGCGGCAAUUCGACCGCAAAUGAAUACACCCCAUAGACUGGCUGCAGCAGUAGCAAAUCAGGCACCAUGUUUCUCUGCAUAUAUGAUCGAAACUGAUGUCAGAUACAUGCCCGAAAACACCCAUGACACACGUACGGUUUUGCAGCAGUUCCUCUUUACACCCCCUAACGGUCACUUCCUGUCAAUCACUCUGCAAAUAAAUCCUCACUGGGAGCGGAAUCACAAAGGCACCUUUACGUGUACGCAGUCUGCCGAUAACUGCUCAAUAGCGAAAACAUUGGCACAGCAUGCAACUCUGAAUUGGGCCCAAUGUCACAUAGGGGGCGGGAUAUACCAACCUCUCGUGGUACUACCCACUACUUACUGCGCCAAUACUAAUCACAUAUGUACCAACACAUUGGGCAGUACAGAUGGUGUAAUGGUUAGCAUUUCUGCCUCACAGCACUGAGGUCAUGGGUUUGAUUCCCACCAAGGCCCUAACUGUGUGGAGUCUGUAUAUUCUCCCCGUACUUGCGUGGGUUUCCUCCGGGUACUCCGGUUUCCUCCCACAAUCCAAAAAUAUACUGGUAGGUUAAUUGGCUCCCAACAAAAUUAACCCUAGUGUGAAUGUAUGUGUACAUGUGGUAGGGAAUAUAGAUUGUAAGCACCACUGGGGCAGGUACUGAUGUGAAUGGACAAAUAUUCUCUGUAAAGUGCUGCGGAAUAUGUGUGCGCUAUAUAAAUAACUGGUACUGCUAAAAUGCAAUUAGUAUUUCUCUCUCUUCCGAUAACAGCUGCCAUUUGUGAUGGCCACCGGUCCGUGGACAUCUGAGUUUAUGACUCAGGAGUCAGUCUGCACAUGCACAGAGUAAUGUGGCGGCCGUAGGGGAUGCUGGCAGGUAUCCGAUUGGAUCCCUCUGACAGCACUGAUGCGGAAAGAAGCCUGUAGGGUAACGCCAGCUUUUGUACAUAUGGGAAAUGUGGUAAAACGCUGAAAGCGGUUUUUACCACAUUUUCCCGUCCAGAGGGGCAGAUGUAUUAACCUGGAGAAGGCAUAAGGAAGUGAUAAAU